AUGGACAAGACCAUGUUUUUAGAUAUCGUGCGCGACAUUGAAGCAAACUUCCCUUAUUUCCAAGAACGUUACGAUGCAAGAGGAAGAAAAAGUUUUACGGCGAUACAGAAAUGCACAUCCGCCGUUAGGCAACUCGCGACGGGUAACGCACCAGACGAGUAUGACGAGUACUUGUGCAUGGCAGCCAGAACCGCACGAGAGACCCUUGAUUAUUUUUGUGACGCCAUCAUUCGGUUGUAUAGCCGAGAGUACCUACGCAGGCCGACGUCACACGACAUUGCACGCAUCUUCGAGGCCCACGAGCUUUGA